CGCACGCGCGCGCGCACCGGGCAGCGCCUCAGUUAGGGCAGCGGGACCGGGCGGGCGGAGGCUGGGCCUCUGAGGUGCGAGGGGAGGAGCCCAAGCCGUCGCCACCGCCGCCGCCGCUGCCGGAGGGGAGCAUGUCUGCGAGUCGAGCCAAGAAAGUGAAGAUGGCCACCAAAUCGUGCCCCGAGUGCGACCAACAGGUUCCUGUUGCAUGUAAGUCAUGUCCCUGUGGUUACAUAUUUAUUAGCAGAAAACUUUUAAAUGCAAAGCACCCAGAGAAAUCACCACCUUCAACAGAAAACAAGCAUGAGGCCAAGAGGAGGCGCACAGAGAGAGCUAGGAGAGAGAAGAUGCACCCGACAGGAAAUAAGGACUUAGAAAACAGAAAGAGGUCCCGGAGUAACAGCCAUUCAGAUCAUAGCAGGCGAGGAAGAGGAAGACCUAAAAGUGCAUCUGCCAAAAAACACGAGGAAGAAAGAGAAAAACAGGAAAAGGAAAUUGACAUCUAUGCUAACCUCUCUGAUGAAAAGGCUUUUGUGUUUUCAGUCGCCUUGGCAGAAAUAAAUAGAAAAAUUAUCAAUCAAAGACUUAUUCUCUGAUAUUUGUCUGCAGAAUGUGUUGACACUUUCUUCGGGAUUGCAUCAGCAAAGUCUCAAACAGCUGUGGACUCUCGGGAGCAUUCUGAGGCCUCAGGAAGGACUGGUGAUGGCCUCCCUGUCACUGCGCCUGGGCCACGCUUUGGGAGCAAAGCUGUAGGCUGGGGCUGUUCUGGGCUUUCCUUGGUUCCCAAGGAGUAUUGUCAGUGUUUUGUGUUUGGGAUAUAAGUGUAUUUACAAAAAAAAAAAGAAAAGGAAAAAAAAAAAGCUGAAUGACUGUUAAAGGGGUAGGGACGGGAGCAGAAGUAUGAAAACGAGGGAAAUAAAAUGGUUGAUAAUUUUCAGGUUUGCCACCAGAGAUGCAAUAUUUUAAAUACUUUGAGAAAGAAUGACUUUUAAAAAUAUAUAUAUUUCAGAUUUUCAGCACUAAUGGAUUGCAUAUAUAUAGUUCAUUUACUUUUUAACAAUUGGCAGUUGGUAUUUUAUUGAAUGGGGAAUUAAUAUAAAUUGUAAAUUUUGUCUUAAAUUGAUUUUUUCCUUGGCCUUUAUUUUUAUGACUUAAGUAUGAGUUAUAUUUUGGGAGAUACUUUUUAGACAGUUUGGAAGUUUGGGUGCUAUAUUAAGAAAAACAUUUAAAGUUAUCUGAUACUUCAGAUAUAAACACAUUGUUUUCCUGAAUGUAAUUUAUUUAUUGGUUAUGAAAAAAUACUUUUCUGCUCUCGAGAUGGUGCUUGUUAACCUAAACAUUAAAUAUAUUUAUUACAUGCAAAAUAUUUCGUAUCCACUUUUAAGCAGUAAUGUUUUAUCUGAAUGGAUGUUCAUUUAAUACAUCCUGAUAAUUAUUUAAAUUGUUACUUAAUCUCAAUCUGAAAAAAAAAAUAAACCUUAAUAUUUAAACGAAUAGAUUAUAUAAUAUUACAAGCUUAUUGUUCUAGUGGAGUUUGUGAAAUAUAUUUAAAUUCUUAAUUUUCCAGUGUUAAAUGCUAACCAUUUAUAAUUGUUUCAUUUUAUAUUAAAUGCUUUUGUAGUUUUGCAUAUCGAUUUAAUGAUUAACAUAUUCAGACUUGACAAGAACUCUCCCUAUUUUAAACCUAUCCCCCUGGGCCAACUCUGUUUGGAAGUCCCACAGCCUAAUUAGGGAAGGCAGGCAGGAGCAGGCUUAGCCUCAACAGCAUCUCAGUUCCACCCUGCAUCUCAUCUUCCUGCAACUCCCCAAAGAAAAGAGGCUUAAGGCUUGGUUUUGUUUUUUACUCUAUUUAAAUGGUAGCCAGCAGAGGGAGCUUAAGAGAGACUCUAGCUAGGAUGUAAAAUUUUCCUAAGAAUUCCUUUCCCUUCAACCCCCAUAUUUAUCUGCAGGUACUAGUGCAGUUUUCUUGUGUGCAUUUUAAAGCCAUAAUAAUAAAGCCUUAGAAUAAUUCUUAUUCCUGAGAAUACUAAUGUGAUUUUUAUCUUUGAAACAUAAGAAAACGAUCUCAUUUUGAGAAAAAAAAAUAAAAUUGGUUAAUACCGAAAAAUGCCGUGAACCAAAUAUAUGUCCCAGAGAAAGCAAGAACAGCUUACUGCGUAGGCAUCUCCUUAAAGAAUUCUCGAUGUCACAGUCUGUCCCUUUAAGCAGAAAGCCUUAGAGGAGUCACGCUGAACUAGUCAUUGGAUAAGGGAGGGGCCUGCUGACUGGGCUGCAGCUUGCCGCGUAGAAAGUAAUGUAUUUCAGACGCUCAUGGUGCUAAAGCAUUGGCUCAUUUGGAAAGUUCUUUGGUAGAGGGACACAUUAGCUUCCCCUGUGUGUGACGUAAUCUAACCAUUUCCCUCUCGGAGACUAAGGCUCUAGAAAGGCUUUUCCUUGGGGGUUGGCCUUUGUCCUGGAGAAAGAUGCCAGUGUAUUUCAGGGUGAUGGGUUAUUUCUUCUCUCGGUUAGAGCUGUGAGGGGAUUCUUUUUCUUGGUUCUGAACUGCGAGAACCUGGCAGGAUCCUAGGAGUACCCAGGACAGUGUGCCCUCUGCCCACCAAGACUGCAGCCCAGGCGUGUCUCACACGCACUAGUCCUGCCGCGCCCAGCAUGCGUCAGAAACACCAUGGAGGUGCUGUCUGCCCCUGGCUUCAGAGGUUUCUGCUCCAGAGGUCUUUCCUGCACCCUCUGUGCUGGCACAUCUCUAGGCCCCAGGGUGGCCGUUUGCCCCCAGCCUCAGCUCCUUGGUAGGUCCCAGAGGAGGCACUGAGUUCUCAAUUCUUGAGCUCUUUUCUGAUAAGGAUGACUUCCAAUCCCUUCCAUGUCAGCUGAAACUGGAAGUCUCCUUACCGAUGGUCACACCUACCAAAUAUCCAGUAACAAAACCUAGUUAAUAUUUAAACUAGAAACUGGCCCCGCCGGCGUGGCGCAGUGGUUGAGCGUCGACCUUUGAACCAGGAGGUCACGGUUAGAUUCCCAGUCAGGGCACAUGCCCGGGUUGUGGGCUCAAUCCCCAGUAGAGGGUGUGCAGGAGGCACCCGAUCCAUGAUAUUCUCUCUCAUUGUUUCUCUC